UGUAGAGGCCAUAAAAUUGUUUUUAGAUAUUAAGUCAAAUGAUGUUCGCAUGGUAGUAAUCUAUGGCUCUGCUGGAGUAGGUAAAACAACAAUUGCAAAGGCUGUUUAUAAAAACAUUUUCAAGCAUUUUGAACAAAGCAGCUUUCUUGAGAAUGUUAGCAAAAAGUCACAGACAAAUGGUGUGAUCCAACUUCAAGAGACACUACUGUUUCAGAUCUUAGGAGAUAGCAACUUAAAGAUUCACAAUGUAUCUAAAGGAAUCACUAUGAUAAAGGAAGUUCUUCUCCAUAGAAAGAUUCUUUUAAUUCUGGAUGAUAUAGAUAAAUUGGAUCAAAUAGAAAAAUUGCUUGGAAAAUGUGAUUGGUUUGCUUCUGGAACUAGAAUCAUUAUAACAACAAGAGACAAAUACUUGUUAGAUUCUCUUGUCAAUGUUGAUUUAAGCUAUAAGGUUAAGGAACUAGAUGACUACAGAGCUCUUGAACUCUUUAGUUGGCAUGCCUUCCUAAGAGACACACCCAAGGAAGAUUAUUUGGAACUUUCAGAACAAGUUAUAGUUUAUGCUAAAGGCCAUCCAUUAGCUCUAACAAUAAUGGGUGCUAGUUUUUGUGGAAGAACUAAACAAGAAUGGGAAAAUGCCUUGGAUAAGUAUAAAAGGAUUCCUAAACUAGAAAUUCAAGAAAUAUUGAAAUUAAGUUAUGAAGCAUUGGAUACAAAUGAACGGGAGAUUUUCCUCCAGGUCGCAUGUUCCUUGAAUGGAAUGAAGAAGGUUACUGUUGAAGAUAUACUCAAAACUGAAGGUUUAGAUAUUGUUGAUGGAAUUAAAAAACUUACUGAUAAAUGUCUCAUUACUGUUGAUCAAUUUGGCACGUUGUGGAUGCAUGACCUUUUACAACAAAUGGGUCAAGAAAUUGUUCAACAAGAAUCACCACAAAUGCUCAAGGAUUGUAGUAGGGUAUUAAUAGAAGAUACACUCCUCCUUAGAUACUGCAUCUACUUAUCAAGUGACCAUGGUGCGCGGUCUGGACGUUCUCUAUCUACUCUCGAAAUGUACGAAAGUGACAUUAAGAGAGACAAGGAUGCCUCUUGGGUCAGUGCGCACUAUGAUAAAAAGGGAAACAGACCUUUGUUUCUUGAUCGAAGUGAAGAGAGAAAGAUGGCGAAUUUGUCGCUGGAAUCAUUGCCUUUGGCGUUCAGAUUUAGCCCAACGGACGAAGAACUCAUAAACCACUACUUGAGGCUGAAGAACCAGGGUCAUGAUUCCGGGGUCCAGGUCAUUGCCGAAGUCGACUUUUAUAAAUUUGAUCCCUGGGAAUUGCCUGAUUUGUCAGCUAAAAAGUUGGGCAAUGAGCAGUGGUUCUUCUUCUGCGAGCUCCAGAUUGCCUCUCGUUUGAAUAGGAUAACUAAAUCAGGCUACUGGAAAGUCACCGGUAAGGAUCGCCACAUCAAGUCCAGCAAGUCGGGGCCCAGUAACUCCAGCUUGAUUGGUAGUAAGAAGACCUUAGUUUACCACCAAGGUCGUGCUCCCGGCGUGCGCACCAGUUGGGUUGUGCACGAGUAUCGUGCCAUCGAUACUCACCAGCUUGAGGAGUCAAGUAGUGGGUUACGAGCGAGUUCCCAGGGUGGCUUUAUUCUUUGUCGCUUGUUUAAUAAAGACUUGCCCCCAACAUCACAUAGGAUUGGCUCCUUCAUGUCUGAAGAAACAAGUUUAGAUAAGCGAGUUUGGGGUAGAUCCGGAGUGACAGAGCUGGAUUUGACUGGCCCACCUGAAAGCUUUUUUGAGGAAGAAGAAAAUGAAAAACAAAUACUGUUACCGCCUCUAGGAAUGGUGUUUGACACUGAAGCAUUUGAGACGGCAUCUAACUCAAGUAAACAAACAAUAUCUGAGAUUGAAUUUAUUGAGGUUGAAGCUUCACAAAGAUGGCCAGAGGGUUUACAGGUUGAGGAAAUGGAACAAGAAGCAGUAAGUACUUUGAAAACUCAAGGAGUGUUUGAUGUUGAAGCAGUUAAGAUGGCUGAAUCUAGUGGACAAAUGAAAUUUCAGAUUGCAGACAAAGAGAUGGAGCCUGAAGCAGAUCGACCUCAGGAAGCUCAACAAUUUCUGAUGCAGGUUGGUUUAAGAUUAACUGAGCCACCAAAGGAUGAGGAUUGGGAAAAUGCCAAUGAGAUUUACUUGAUGGACAAUGAGUUGUCUGUUUUACCAGAGAAUCCAAAGUGUCCCAAGUUGUCUGCACUGUUCCUUCAAAGAAACUACAAAUUGCGAUUGAUUCCUCCCGCAUUUUUUAAUUACAUGCCUGCUCUUCAAAUCCUGAACUUAUCCGGGACUAAUAUCAAGUCUUUACCCAAUUCCAUUAUCAGAUUGGUCAGCCUAAAAAGACUCUUUCUAAAUGAUUGUCAUUGUUUCAUGGUGUUGUCACCCAAAAUUGGAGAACUCAAGCAGCUUGAGGUUCUUAGUCUUGAAGGGACAGAGAUUAUGGAUUUACCUCCGGAUAUUAAGAAGCUAACUAAUCUGACAUGUUUGGAAGUUUCAUUUUGUGAAUGUCAGAGUAAUUGUAAGCAAGCCAUGCAAUUAAAUGCAGUGGUGCCUUGUGGGGUAAUUUCUGUACUGUCUCAGUUAGAGGAGUUGGAUAUUAAUGUUGAUCCAGAUGAUGAGCGGUGGGAUGCGUGUGUGGAAGAUAUUGUUAAUGAAGUAUGCACCUUAAAGAGGUUGUACUCUCUUAAAUUCUAUUUCCAAAGGGUGGAACUUUUAAGUCACAUUCAGUGGAAUAUCCCAUCGCUGUUAUAUUUCAGAUUUACUGUUGGCCGUCAUGUCAAGCGCAUUAUGUCUGGAGUCCCCCGUGAUGUUGAGUUUGAAUUGGAACGAUGGGAUAGAUGCUUGAAAUACAUAAAUGGUGUGGAUGUUCCUAGAGAUAUAAAGAAGGUACUCCAACAUGCCACAGCAUUUUUCUUGGAUAGGCAUGCAACUGUUAAGAAGCUAUCCAAUUUUGGGAUUCAAAAUAUGGUGAAACUAAAAUGCUUAGUUAUGGGGGAAUGUAGUGAGGUUCAAGUGAUUAUAGAUGAAGCAGAUGGUUAUGAAGAAGAUGAUAGCGAUGAAAUAGUAUCUGAAUCAUAUGAUACUGAAAAAAUUGUUCUUGGUUCACUUGAAUACAUGUAUGUAUAUUAUAUGGAGAGUUUAAGGAGCAUGUGGGAGGGGCCACUACAGCCCGAGUCUUUAGUUUGUCUCAAGUCCUUGACAUUGUGCACGUGUCCCCAAUUAACCACUAUUUUCACACCAGGGUUGCUUGCUAACCUGUGCAACUUAGAAGAGCUUAAAGUUGAUGACUGCCCCUCCAUCAAAAGCAUAGUAAGCCAUGAUAUAACUGCUGAGCAUAAAAUCUCUUAUUUUCUCCCAGAAUUGAAGAAGAUUUCACUUCAUUACAUGCCUGAAUUAGUUAGCAUCUCUAAAGGUUUACACAUUGCUCCAAAAUUGGAAUGGUUGAGUUUUUAUGCUUGCCCAAAGCUUAAGAACCCUUUAGUUGGGGAAGUAUCUAGUCAAUGUUUGAAGAAGAUCAAGGGUGAGACAAGUUGGUGGGAAGCGCUGGAGUGGAGCAAUGGUCGUCCAGGUUAUUUGGAUGAAAUUUUUGUUCCAAUUGACAUAUGGGAUUGCUGAGCACCUGAAAUGUUCCCUAAUAAAAAAUUAGUCUGUGCAUUGCCUUAGGCAAAUUCAAUGUUUCAAUGUCAAUGAUAAUGUGUGAAAACUGAGGCAUCCUUAGACCAAUUUCUGUUGGCUAUUCUUAUACCCUUGUAGAUGCUAUGGCGAUGAGACCUUACUUUCAUUUAAUAUAGCCCUUUAGCCUGAUGUAUCUUUCUCAUGCUGCUGUUGGGGCUUUUUUCCAACACACAUUUGUAAAAAA